UUUUCCCUGUAUCGGAAAGUGUUUGAAAACGUUGUCGACACCUGCUUGGAACGCAAAAAGUUGCUUCGGGAGCUGGUUGGAAGGAUCGCGAUGGACACCGAGCAAUGCGGCACCGAAAAGAUCCCAUUGACCUACACAGUUUCUACAAAGAUGAUCAAAAGACUCUGCCCCCAACAUCGAGAACACUACCAACGAAUCUGUUUUAUCCACAACUUAUGCCUGGAGUCGAUUAUUGGCAAGAAGGGCAUGACGAAGGAGAUGUGUGAUCAGACAUACUGUGACCUGUUGAUGUACAUGGUCCGCUCCACCGACAACAACCCAAAGUGCGGGCAAGUUGGCCAGAAUUUUUGUGGAAUCGCCCAGUCCUACAACCUCACCCCGGAACAAUUGGGCCAGAACAAGAACGCGACAAUUUUGCCUGAAGCCGAGCCCACCGAGGCCGAGUCGCCAUAUAUU